GCCCUUUCAGUUGCUGACACAACAAUGGCAUCAUUCUGCCCAGUUUUUGUCGACAAAUAUGAUCCACUGAAAGCAGGAAGUAUUGAUGGCACAGAUGAAUACCCUCAUGAUAAAGGUGUGGUUAGGGCACUGAAUGCAGUUUAUAAGCCCAACAGAUUUGUGAAAGGAGCCCCGGAAUGUACUGUUUUUGUUGGUCGCCUGAACCCAAACACUGUUGAAGAAACCAUAGAAGAUUCUCUUAAGGACUUCGGAAAAAUUCUAAGUGUCAGAAUUGUUCGGGACAUUGUCACUGGUUUUUCAAAGUGUUACGGAUUUGUGGAGUUUUCUGAUCCUUACGAGGCUAGAGAUGCCUGUAAGAAUGGAAAUAAAAUUGUCAUUGAUGAUCAUGAGAUUUUGGUAGAUUCAGAAAAGGAAAGAACUCUUAAAGGAUGGAUUCCACGACGAUUAGGAGGUGGCAUCGGAGGAAAAAGGGAGUCUGGUCAACUGAGAUUUGGUGGUAAAGAUAGGCCUUUCAAAAAACCAAUACAGACUUUGCACCAAGCCCAGGAUUACAAAGACUUUGGUUUCAAGGAUUAUUCAAGGAAUUCAAGGAGAGACAAAGGCAGAGAUGAUUAUCAGAAUCGAAAUAGAGAUCGUUAUAGGUGACCAAAAACAAUGUUAAAUACAUUGUAAGUCCUGACUGUCGGGGCAGAGAUUGCAUCAGUCUCUCCUCCACCUUCCAUCAAUUUGGUGUUUUGAAGGACUGGCUUCAUUUCAGUUGCUUUCUUUUUUAAAGCGACAUGAUUGUUUUGUUAACAUCAAUUCUAGUUCUAGCAUGAGAGCAUUAUGUGGAUUAGCCGAUCCACAAACAUCACUCGCCGCACCGCUCAAAGUUACAGAUUGCCCAUCCUUAACGCGGAUGUAAAAGAACUGCUUUAAAAAAGUGUUAUUUAGAACAGCUACAUUGGCCCCCAGAACAACUGAAGGCAGUCCAUGAGCAAUCAGUAAAUCCUAUUUCUUUGGUACAAAAAGAACAAGAACAAUAAUAGGGGAAAAAUGUGCAUUAUGCAACUCGUUCUUUUCCUCAACAACUGCUAUAAUUACUACUAAGGACUUGAAUCUAUGGCAAAGGGGAAACACUUUUAAAUAUUUUCAGUGGUCAAAUUGUAUACAUUUUGUAUCUACAUCAUACGACGUACCGAUACUCUAAGGCUCUAUGUAAGGUAUCGAAUAAGCGUAAAAUUUAGUUG